AUGAGCCUCGGGAGGCGCCUAGUUCGGAGGCGCGAUUCCUCGCUGAUAGUGCUUUUCCGCGUCACAGACAAAGCCUUGCAGAGAUCAUUCAGCGGGCCUUCCAGCGGAACAAUCAGCAGAUCGAGCAGCAAGGCCCCCAGGAGGGCGAACUUGAAGACGGACACCAAAGCCAGCUUGAAGAUCAAGAUGAACGCCAACAUCAAGAUCGAGAUGAACGCGAACUUCAAGACGAACAGGAACGCGAACGUCAAUACCGACAGGAACGCGACCGUCAAGGUCGACUCCAUGUCCAACUCCUUCGUCAAGAGCAACGCCAGCUCCAAGAUUAUCGGCAAUUUGAACAUCAUGGUUAUCGGCAACGCGAACUCCCAAGUCAGCAGCAACACGAACACCAAGGCCAGCAACGUUGCGGAUACCAAGGCCAGCAGCAGGACCAGCAGCAGAGCCAGCACCAAGAUGAUGACCCGAUCUCGAAAGAGAAUGAAGGGCCUAUGA